UGUAAAUAUUAUUUUCUUGUAUGUUAAAACUUGUGUCAUUUUAUAAAUAUUUCUUUAUAACUAUGACACAGGCUCCCAGUUACACUGGCCUGUACAGAUAAUGAGUACAGUCCCUGAGGAUGGAGGAAAAGUCAUCUAUAACGGGAUCCAAACCGUGAAUAAUAUGCCAGUCAUUCAGCGUAGGACUCGUCGUCACCGUACGAUAUUCACAGAAGAGCAGUUACACGCUUUGGAGGAAACUUUCCACCAGAACCAGUAUCCAGAUGUCAUUGCUAGGGAACAGUUGGCUGGCCGGAUCCAUCUCAGAGAGGAGAGAGUGGAGGUAUGGUUUAAAAACCGAAGAGCAAAGUGGAGAAGGCAAAAGAGAGUUACAACGUCCAUCAUCAUCCUCCAAGGAAACAAAAAGGGAGAUGACUCUUGUUAGCAGUGGAUGAGGAGUCAUGAUGAGCAGUAACAAGAAUCAAUAAAAAGUCCUUGUCGUCUUUUCUCUAUUAGAAUUUACAAG